AAAGAUCUGAUUUCCUAGGUUAUUUAUGAUGGAGUCUCUGGAUGAACAUUACACCAUACCAAAGCGUUUAAAAUACUGGGCCAACAAACAACCAGACUCACAGGCUUUUGUUUACGUUGCUAAAGAUAAACCCAAAGCUGUUCUAACAUCAAAAGAAAUUUACGACCUCUCUGUGCAGUUUGGUCGUCGUUUGUCUAAGCUUGGUGUAGAACCAGGCAGUGUUGUUUGUAGUUUGAUUCCAGACUCUCCUGCAGCUCUGGUCGCCUACUUUGGAAUCCUGUGUGCGGGUUGUGCUGUCCAGAACGCAACUAUCCAAAUGUCUGAUGGAACAUAUCUUCUACGAAAUCUUCACAAGUCAAAAUGUCGAGCUAUAAUUCUGUCCUCAAGUCCUGAUGACCAAGCUAAUCGAAUCAUAUCUCAACACUUCAAUACUGUCUCUGGGAAUUAUGUCACCUCGAAACAAUUGCCUCACUUGAAGAGCGUAAUAUACACGAACUUGAAUCAUGGCACUGAACUAGGAUUCAUCUGGCAAGAAGGGAUAGAACUCACAGAUAAUUUUUAUAUUGAAGACGUUACUGUCAGUGCCAAUGAUGUUGUGGUUAUCAUGCAAACUUCGGGGACCACUGGUGUAUCCAAAUUAAUCCCGUUAGACCACACAUAUAUUGGUAGUAUUGAAAAAGGGUUUAAAUCUUUAUCCGAAUCUAUGCUUGCUCUGAGUCCCCCAAUUUCCCUUUUCGACCAACACAACAUUAGCUGGGUCUUGGGACUUCCCUUUUGGUACACAAUGUCUGGGGAUAGAACAAUCUUACUGGAUCGGAGGUUUAAAUCAGAGGACGGGCUUGAUAUUCGGUUUGUUAGGGAUAUCAUUGUGCAGGAAAAAUGUCAAAUUGCUAAAUUGUCAGUAGCAUCCUGCCUAGAGUUGACAAAGUUAAUUCAAAGGGAAUCGUCUGAUCACGUUACAUGGCCGUUGAACACGGUAUUACUUGGUGGUCAACCACUGAAAACGAACAUAUGUACGGUCAUCGGUACGCUAACUAACACGAUAUAUAAUUUGUAUGGUAGUACAGAAAUGGGACUCGUGAGUAUAAAGAAAAUUGACCAAGAAUCCGGAUUUGAGGAUUUUCAUACCGGAUCGCUAAUGGAAAUGGUUAAUGUGAAGAUAGUCGAUGAAGAUUUGAAGGAUGUCCCUACUGGGACUUAUGGGCAUGUUUUGGUUAAUAAACCUGGUAUCUGUAGACAUUAUGUUGGAGACGAAGAUGAUCUAAUGAAGUCGAAGUUUACAGAUGAUGGUUGGUAUCUUACUAAUGACUAUGGAUGUUUUACAGAAAAGGGAGAGUUAAUUAUACAGGGACGGUUUGAUGAUGUUAUUAUGAGAGGAAUGAAUUAUUUCCACCCAUCUUGGAUUGAGAAUAUUAUCAGAGGAUGUCCAGGAGUAGCUGAGGUCCUGGUUGUUAAAGUUCCAGAUGAAGCCUUAUUAAAUGAGAUUUGUGCCUGCUAUAUUCCCGAAAAAGGUUCCGAUACUUGCCCCCAGGACGUAAAGAAUUUUUGCAGGAUGACAUUUGUCAGUCAUGAUUCGAAUUAUAAAACAGCCUGUCCUAAGUACUUUCUACAAAUGGAAUCUUUCCCUUUAAAUAAAAAUUGUAAAUAUGACAGAAAGCUUUUAGAAAAAAAGGCUACUAAUUUGCUAAACUUGUUGUGAUGGAAAAAUAACUACGUGGAUUAUAAUAAUUUACGAUAAUUUUUACGUUACGUCAAAUUAUGUUUGCGGAUCGCAAUAAUUAACGCUAAUCAUUGUAUGUCAACUUAAAUGAAAUGAAAUUUAAAUUUAGUUAUAUCGAA